AUGUCCUUCAACGGCCGCCCAGCGCUCAGCAACGGCGGCGCUGCGCCGGCCCAGAUCCUCAUGCCCAAGAAACGUCAGCACGGUUUCGACCUCGGGCCCUCGACCGCCGUUCAGGGCGCCUCUGCUUCGAGCCAGCCCAGCUCUUCCGGCUUCCUUGCCAGCGUCGCCGACUCGAAGCCGCUCACUGCUUCAAACAGCUUCAUCGACACCGACAUCCUCCUCAGCGACGACCUCUGGAACCAGAUCUCGGCGGGCACCGGCCACCUCUCGGAUUUCCACCACCCCGAUGGCGUACACGACCACCACAGGAGCGGCCUUCCCCACUCUCACAACGGAGCCAUGACGCCUAACGACGUCUCGAUGACGGAUGAUCAUGCGGCGCAACAACCCGGCCAUCACCACCAUGCGCCGCUGCCGCACCAGUCGCACCACCACCAACAGCCCAUCGGCAUGCCAGAGAGCUUCAUCAACAUCCCGCAAAGCCAGGCGGCAGACUUCUUCGGCAUCCACGCGGGCUCUUACCAGAGUUUCGUCUCGCAGUCGAGCCAUCACGACGACCACAGCCUCUUUGGCCGCGACGGUGCAGGCUCCAUGGAAGAGGAAGACUCUCCCGACGGCUCCAACGGCGACACCGCCUCCACCGUGGCGACCAGCGUCAUCUCGCCCAGCUCUCACGGCACCAUGGCCAGCAGCCUCUCCAAGUCGCUGCAGAGUGGCCGACACCGCCGAUCCGGCAGCAGCGCAUCGUCGCAGGCCAAAGGCCGGACCGGCCGCAGCAUCAGUAGGCCCAACCUGAAGACGAUCGCGCAGGAAGGCAGCAGGAAGGCAGAGCGCUCCCCGUCCCAGGACCGCGGAGGUGUAGGCAAGGCGCCCACGUCUCGCUCGCGACCCAGUCGCAGGGCGUCAAUCGGACCAGCAGCUCAGGCGGCCGUUCAGGCCUCGGUCCAUGGCCACCUUCGCAUCGACGCGCAGGGCGCGGCCGUGUCUGUCGGAGCUGCGACGAAGCAGGAGCCGCGCUCGCCGACCUUCAACCUGUCCUCCAGCUCUCAAAGCACUCAGCAGCGCUGGUCCAUGUUUGGCGGCAGCGGCGAGGUCCAGGACCCGACGGCGCUGCAGAACCUCACCUUGGCGGAACAGCACCCCUACCUCUGGAAGCAAGCCGUGUCGCAAUCGCAGAACGGCAUCUCCAGCCCAGCCUCGGCAUCGCUGCCGACCCCGCUGUCCUUCCAAGCGAGCAUGCAGCAGCUCCACCUGCAGACUCCGCCGGUCCCGACCCCGGGACUGCAGUCGCAGUCGUCGAUGGACGAAAUGCCCAGAGAUGCGUCAGCCGAGCCAUACAACCCCUUCCUCUUCCCGCCGUACGCGCAGAUGCAAGAGGGAGCCUCGCACGGCACCAAGAGCGAGGUCAGCGUUCCGAGCCAGCGUGCCGGGUCAGAGGCGAGCCAGGAUCCGUCGCUGAUGGAGUCCGUGUCGCAACACGGUGCGCCCUCGAGCUCGCCGGCGCAGCAGUCCCCUAGCCAGUCGGCAGAUGCCGAUCCGGCGGAUGCCAGAAAAGCCCCCGCCGCUUCUAGCAAGGCCGUCGCCGCGGCGACUGCGAGGGAGCGGAAGAUGAGCAAGUCGGCAUCGCAGUCCGCUGCUAAGAAGGCGCUGCAAGACGUCCGCGAGGAAGCCCAGGGCAAGGGUCGGCCGGCCGCGGACGCAACGUCCUCCGGCAGAAACGACGACGAAGAUGACGAGGCGGUGGACGACGAAGACGAAGAGCAGCCGCUUGCCAACAUGUCCAAGUCCGAGGCCGAAGCCAAACGUCUAGCCGAGAAGCGGAGGCGCAGGCGAGAGUCGCAUAACGCGGUCGAGAGGCGCCGACGGGACAACAUCAACGAGAAGAUCACGGAGCUGGCCACGCUACUGCCGGAAGCCAUGCUGCUCGAUGCUAUUGCCACGUCGACGCAGGGUGGCAACAGCGGCACCUUUGCACCCGCGCUAACGGCCAAGGCAGCGCUCGCCGCGGCAGCCGCAGCGGCGGCGAAAGGCGACACGCCACCAGAAGGCCUCCUGUCCGGCGGACAAGAGGCGGAUCUCACCAAGUGCUCGACCGCAGCCUACGCCGCCGCUCUUGCGCCAGUCCACGCAAACAGCGCCGCGCUCGCAGCUGCACAGGCCAAGCCAAACAAGGGCAUCAUCCUGCGGAAGAGCGUCGAGUACAUCCGCCACCUGCAGCAGUUCCUCGACAUGCAGAUGAGCCGGAUUGGCUUUCUGGAGGCCGAGCUGCAGCGCCACCGCGAGGCGAUGCAGUGUUCGGGCACGCAGAUGCCGUCGAUGCCGGUGCAGCCCAUCCACGAUCUGUUUGGUUUCUCGUCGGCGUUCGGCGCCGACGGGUCUGGCGGUUUCUUCGCAGGCGGGGCGAUGGGGCACGAUAUCAAUACCCGCAGCCUGAUGGACCUUGGCGCGCCGCCGCCGCCGCCGCCACAUCCGCCACAGCACCCUCAGCAACACUGCCAGGAACCGCAGGUCCUACCAGCGGGCCCGUCAGAGACUCCGCACCGAAAGGGCGGGUCGCAGGAGCGGCCUCGAGAAGACCAUGUAGCGGCGACCUGCCUCGUCGACUGGCUCGAAGGCUACGACCAGCGGACCGGGCUGCCACGGCGCUCUUCGGUCGACCCGAUCGAGGAGGAAGACGAGCACGAGGGCCAGGAGCGGGACAGCGAGCAACAGCAGCAACGUGGCCGCAGUCGUCAGGCACACGGGGGCCGUGGCGACGGCAAAGAAGGCGGGGCGGUCGAGGAGGAAGAGGAGCGCGGUCGAUCACGGCAGCGCGGCAACGCCUCGUCGCACUCGCAGCACGGCUCGUGGCCCGCGCUCGAGAUGACGGGCGCCCGCUCACCGAUGCAGCUGCUCUCGGACGGUGGCAGCAAGGAGGAUCAGCUGGACCGCGAGUUUACCCAUCUGACCGACUUCAAGAUGGAGGCGUGA